AUGAAGUUAAUUACCAUUCUUUUCCUUUGUUCCAAGUUGCUAACAAGUUUAACCCAGGAGUACCAAUCACAAGAAAUUGACUGCAAUGAUGAGGAUGUAUUUAAGGCUGUCGACAAAGCUCUGAAGAACUAUAACAGUAAAAUCCAAAGUGGCAACCAGUUUGUAUUGUACCGCAUAACUGAAGUCAACAAGACGGUGAACCAGAACAUAUUUUUUUUUGUCAAGUACGAAAUCAAGGAAGGCAACUGUUCUGUUGAAAGUGGCAAAAACUGGCAGGAUUGUGACUACAAAGAACCUGAGCAAGCUGCCACAGGAGAAUGCACUGCGAAUGUGGGGAAGAGAAACAAUGGGAAAUUCUCCGUGGCUACCCAGACCUGCCACAUUACUCCAGCCAAGGGCCCUGUGAUGACAUCCAAGUAUGAAUGCACAGGCUGUGUGCACCCCAUAUCAACUGCCAGCCCUGACUUGGAACCUGUUCUGAAACAUGCCAUUCAACAUUUUAACAACCACACAAAUCAUUCCCACCUCUUCACUCUUAAAGAAGUAAAAAAGGCACAGAGACAGGUGGUAGCUGGAUGGAACUAUGAAGUUACUUACGUAAUUGAGCAAACUAAUUGUUUGAAGGAGAAUUUUCUAUUCUUAACUCCAGACUGCAAGUCCCUUCAAAACGGUGAAACCGGCGAGUGUACAGAUCAUGCGUACAUGGAUCCUCAGCUAAAUAUUGCUUCCUUCUCACAGAAGUGUGAGCUUUUACCAGGGGACGAUUUUGUACUACCACGUCACAAGUGUGUUGGCUGCCCUGCAGAGUUACCUGUCGACAGCCCAAGGCUGAAGGAGCCUCUGAGUCAUGCCAUCACAAAGCUGAAUGCAGAGAAUAAUGCAACUUUCUAUUUCAAGGUUGACACUGUGCUUAGAGCCACAUCACAGGUGGUGGCUGGAACAAAGUUUUUUAUUGAGUUCACCGCCAGGGAAACCACAUGUUCCAAGGGAAGUAAUACAGAGUUGACCGAAAAUUGCGAGACCAAUAAACUUGGAAAAAUUCUCACCUGCACUGCUGACAUUUAUGUAAUACCUUGGGAGGAUAAAGUUUUCCCUACUGUCAACUGUCAAUCACAAGGACAGACCUCAUUGAUGAAAAGGCCUCCAGGGUUUUCACCUUUCCGAUCAGUACUUGUGCUGGAAACAAAAGAAGGAACAACUAAGCGACUAAAGCCCUGCGAGUACAAGGGCCGACCUCGGGAGGCAGGGGCAGAACCAACAUCUGAGAGUGAGGUCGCAUGA